AAAAAUCGCUGGAAUUAAAGUUAAUUUUACCUAAUUGUCAACACUUUGAAAAUACUUUUCAAACAAAAUUUGGAUUGCUUGCGAAAAAAAACCGUUUAAUUUUUGUUGAGUUCUAGUGAUAAAAUAACAGUAAUGGUUAAAGUUGAUGUGGAAUAUUGCGGCAAAUGCAACUUCGAGUGGCAGUGUAAGAUGUUGCAAAACUUUUUGCUCGAACAAAAACCCGAUACAGAAAUGUUAUGCCACAAAGGACGACAAGGAUCUUUCGAAGUUAAGAUUAACGACACUUUAGUUCACUCAAAACUACAGUCACUAGCCUUUCCUGAUCAUCAAAGUGUAUUGGAGAAUGUGAAACGGGCCGAACAGGGUGAACCGUUGGUAAAGACAAAAGAACAACCAAUAGAGAAUUGUAUGAUAAUGUGAUGAUACCUUUAACACUUUAAAGCACAAAUUUUAUAUUUAAAUGUGACUAGUUCCUAAAAUAAAGGUCCAAUUGAGGAAAAACCGGAA